GAUGGCUGCGCCCGUAGGAAACGUGGAAAUAGCAUGCUCGAUAUUUUCCGUUGAAUGAAACCAACAACAUGCGGUUAAGUCAUCAUUUUUAUUGAAUACCAAGCUUAUAUAAUUGAAGCAAGUACGAAAUAAACAAAAUGGAGGAUCAGAAACAGUCUGUGAAAAAACAUCACCAGCCAAGAUCUGGACCAAGUGCUGACAAAAAGAAAGCCAAAAACAAACAUGUCCAAGAACUGACUGCACAACAGAGGAAUCCAAAAGCUUUCUCUAUCCAGCAUGCUAUCAAAACAACUAGACUGGUUCAGAGGUCACAGGAUAUCAAAACCAAGAAGACACACAUCCCAUUGGUGGACAGGACACCAGUCGAACCUCCACCUGUUGUUGUGGGGAUCGUGGGACCCCCAAAAGUAGGAAAGACAACUCUGCUGCAAUGUCUUGUUAAAAACUAUGCCAAGCAGCGACUGACCAAUGUGGAAGGCCCAGUCACUGUUGUUGCCGGUAAAAACAAAAGACUGACCCUUUUAGAGUGUAAGAAUGACAUCAACAGCAUGAUAGACAUUGCAAAGGUGGCUGAUUUGGUAUUGUUGUUGGUUGAUGCCAGCUUUGGGUUUGAAAUGGAGACGUUUGAAUUCCUCAACAUCUGCCAGGUUCACGGGUUCCCACGUAUCAUGGGCGUGUUGACUCACCUUGAUGCCUUCAAAGACAACAAACGUAUGAGGAAGACCAAGAAACGCCUCAAACACAGGUUUUGGACUGAAGUGUAUCAGGGAGCUAAGCUGUUUUAUCUGUCUGGAAUGGUAAAUGAGGAGUAUCAGAAAACGGAGGUACAUAACCUGUGUCGGUUCAUAUCGGUGAUGAAGUUCCGCCCACUCCAGUGGAGAACUACUCACCCUUACAUCCUAGUAGACAGAACGGAGGAUAUCACAGACCCUGAAACUGUACGUAGGAAUGGCAAAUGUGACAGGAACAUAUCACUGUAUGGCUAUGUAAGGGGGACACACAUGAAGAACCGCUGUAGUGUACACAUUCCAGGUUGUGGCGACUUCACUGUACACGACAUGCAGACUCUACCUGACCCUUGCCCUACACCAGACCAAGAGAAAAAGCGUUCCUUGAACCAGCGUGAGCGUAUUAUCUACGCGCCCAUGUCAGGAGUUGGGGGCAUUGUGUACGACAAGGAUGCUGUGUACAUAGACCUGGGUGGGAGUCAUUCCCAUACCAAACAGCAGGAGACGGAGCUCGAACCAGCCAAUGACCUUGUCUCCACGCUCAUGUCGACCUUCAACCCUUUAGACCAGAAGAUGAACACCUGUCAGAUGGCAGUUUUUUCCAACACCACACCCAUCUCAGAGGUGGAAAUGCAGGAGGACCUGCGGUCAGAGGACCAGAUUCAACAGGAGGGUGAACGAGUGAGAAGGAAGGCCAUCUUUACAGACGGACUUGAUGACGUAGAAGAUGAACCCAAGAAAAAACGAGUAAAGAUGGAUCCGAGAGAAGAACUUGUGUUUGCUGACAGUGAUGAUGACGACGACGAGGAUGAUGUGAUAGAUGAUAAAAAUAAACUUUUAAGAUCAGGUUAUUCCCCAUCCUCUGAGAAAUUAAGGCGGACAGAGACAGGCAAAGAUGAUGGAGAUGAUGAUGAUGAUGAUGAUGAUGAUGAUGAUAGUGAGGAAAGUGGAAAUAGUGAAGGAGAGGAAGAAGACUUAAAAACAGAUGAAGAUGAGUUAGAAACAGAUGAAGAUGAGGUUUCAUCUGCAAAACAAAGCAGCCAAAAUGUGUUAGAUGAUAAAACAAACAAUGCAAGCGAUGAUGAGGACUCUGACAACGAAAUUGUAUUUGCAAACAAAAAUACUUCAUCGUCACAUUCAUUCAAUGAAGAUGAAACUUUAGAGGAUGAAAGAGACAUUUCUGAUGAUGACAGUACAGAUGAUGAUGAAACUGAUGAUGAAAGUGACGAUGAAGAAUCGGAGGAAGAUAUGGACAUUAGUACAGUUGAUUCAAUGAAAUCACCAAAAGAAAAAAUUGUGAAAAGUAAAAGUGAUACUUUGUUGACCUCUAAGAUUAUGAAAAAUUCAUGUAAAUCGCCAAAUGUGCCAAAAUCUCCUGAAACCAGUGACAAUGAAAGUGACAUUGAAAGCGAUGAGGGUUUGGGUGAUGAAGCAGAUGAUAAGGAUAGUGAUGAGGAUGCUGAAAGUGACGAGGAUUUCAAAGAAACUGAGGAUGGUGAAGAAGAGGAAAGAGAGUCUGAAGAAGAAGAAGGACACUUGAAAUGGAAGAGUAACCUGGCAGAGUUUGCAGCGGAAUCCUUUAGAAAGAGACAGAAAGAGAGGGUCAACUACAGGAAACUGAUAUAUGGGCAAGAGGCAGGUGAACAGGUGGGUGAGGCUGAGGACAACAAUGACGAGGAUGAUGAACUGGGAGGGCUGUUCAAGGUGCUAAAUAAGAAACAAGAGAAGAAGAAUGACGAGAGACUGUCCAUCAAUAAAACCGACUGUUCACGCUUCUUUGUACAGCAUAUGCAGGACUGGGACCUGGAGGAGGUGAGGGACCUUAUAAAGGACUGCUUUGUGACGGGGAAGUGGGACAGGAGUGAGGAUGCUGCAGCCAGACUGGAGCAGGAUGAUGAGCUGUAUGGAGACUUUGAGGACCUGGAGACUGGUAAGGUACACAAAGAAGGUGACAAAGAGGAGAAAGACGAUGAAGGAGAUUCAGCUGCUGAAGAAGAUGAAGAGGGAGAAAGGAAAAAGACCAAAGCAGAGACUUCGGCACAUGAGAAACGUGUAGAUAGAAAGAAGAAGCUAAAGGAAGUCUUUGACAAGCAGUAUGAUAUGAAAGACGACUCCGAGUUCUACGACUCUUGGAAACAGGAGAAUGAGCUGCAGGCCCAGCUUAAUCGUGCAGAGUUUGAAAACAUGGAUGAUGAUGUUCGUGUAGGUUACGAAGGAUUCCGACCGGGGAUGUAUGUACGUGUGGAGGUGAACAACAUGCCUUGCGAGUUUGUCACAAACUUCGACCCCAGCUAUCCUGUGAUCCUAGGCGCUCUACUCAACGUAGAGAGUAACGUUGGCUACCUCCAGACACGUUUAAAGAAACACAGAUGGCAUAAAAAGAUUCUGAAGACAAGGAACCCACUGAUUGUCUCCCUUGGAUGGAGAAGAUUCCAAACAUUGCCCCUGUACGCCAUCCAAGACCACAACUACAGGAACCGGCUGUUAAAAUACACACCAGAACAUCUUCACUGUCACUCCGUCUUCUGGGGUCCUUUGACACCACAGGGAACAGGUUUCCUGGCCAUUGAAAGUGUCUCCGAUGUAUCGCCUGGGUUUCGGAUAGCUGCAACCGGAGUUGUUCUGGAGAUGGACAAGAAAUUGGACAUAGUGAAGAAACUCAAGCUUACAGGAACACCCCAGAAAAUAUACAAGAAAACUGCAUUCAUCCAGGGAAUGUUUAACAGUGGCCUGGAAGUGACCAAAUUUGAGGGUGCCAAAAUAAAGACUGUCAGUGGUAUACGUGGCCAGGUGAAGAAAGCUGUUCGAACACCAGAGGGAGCAUUCAGGGCCACAUUUGAAGACAAAAUUCUGCUCAGUGACAUUGUGUUCCUGCGAACGUGGUACCCAGUGGAGGUUCCCCAGUUCUAUAACCCUGUGACGUCACUGCUGCUCCCCCAUGAACAGAAGACAGCUUGGAUUGGCAUGAAAACUGUUGGCCAGCUAAGGUGGGAAAGGGGAAGAACUCUUACACAAAAUAAGGAUUCCCUCUACAAGCCAAUGGAAAGAAAGAUGUACCAUCAGAGGCCACUCACAAUUCCUCGGGCGCUACAGAAGAAUCUUCCGUUCAAGGACACACCAAAAAUACUACGGGCCAAGAAAGACCCUGUGAAACGUGUCGUGGUUAUCAGGGAACCAAAAGAAACUAAGGUUGCUAAAUUAAUGAACAUGAUGAAGACCCUACAUGACCACAAAAAGAAGAUGGAUAGAUCAUCGAUGAGACAGCGGGUUUCAAACCACCAGAAAAAACAGGCAUUGAUAGACUCAAAGAAACAGCAGAAACAAAAAGAAACGAAAAGAGAAAUAUACAAGGCACUGGGACAGAUUGAAAAAAAGGAAAACAAAUUUAGAAAGUGAUCUCAUGUAACCACUAGUGAAGUGUACAGUAUUUAGACAGGACAGAUAGAACUUGUCCAACAUUGAUUCCACCCGGGAUCACCAGUUUGAGGGAUAAGGUACCAACUUAUACAUGACCAUAUAUAAGUACAGGGCCGUUUUCUUUUAUCCCGUUCGAAACAGUUAGACCUGGAUAAACCAGAAUUGUACGCUUAUGAAAUGAUGACGGACCAAGUGAUUGGUGUUGCUUUAUGCGAGCAUUUGCAAAGACUUUCAAGGCUGGCAUUAACAUUUGCAGGUCCCUUAAACUUGAUCCCUAAAGUACCAGUAUGCUAUGAUGAAUCGUUUUGCUCGCAUAAAUGCACAGUUGUAUGAUAAGGAUAUUGAUGUUAUAUUCACCGCAUACGACGGCCGUGUGUCUCCAGGAAGUUACGCACGUCAGUGAUACUUUGCCAUCAUUGAAUAAAGUGUCCUUUGAAAAACCAAUAAAAUGUGUAUAUAUUA